AUGUCGAGAAGUCUUCAUUUUGUUGAAAUAUUUUUUAUUAUAUUUUUUGUGACCUCUGCUGUAUAUGGAAAAAAAUAUCGUCAACCACAACCUUUAUGCGUGGGUCAUCGCGGGUAUCCCGUUGAAUAUCCCGAAAACACUAUUCUCUCUCUUCGUCAAGCUCUUUUAUUAGGCGCCGAUGCGCUAGAAUCUGAUGUUCGUUUAACAUCCGAUGGACAGGUAAUAAUGUUGCAUGAUCUGCAAUUGGAGACAACCACAAAUGGAACUGGAUUAGUAAGUGAGCGUAAAUGGUAUGGAUAUAUUGAAUAUCUAAGAACGACAAAAGGAGGACAACCGAUUCCUAGAUUUCAAGAUGUGCUGGAAUUAUUGAAGAAAGAGAAUCGAGGUGUCUUUGUGUUAGUCGAUAUUAAGGAUGAUAAUCCACUCGAAAUAAUUCCUGCACUUGCGGAAAUAAUAAACUCUUAUUCGCCAUAUGAUUUUUCGUCACAACUUUAUUUUGGUCUCUGGGAUAUCGCAUUUCUCCCAAUCACUCGGAAACAUCUUCCUAACAUUCCAAUUUCACAUAUCGGAAGUGAUCUUGAAAUUGCUCGACGCGACUGGUUCGAUCAAGUGGAAAAUUAUAACUUAGAGUAUGAAUUUGUCAAAAAAGAUAAUACAGGCUUCGUAAAUGAUCUAAAGAAAAAAGGUCGAAGCUUAUUCGUUUGGACCGUUAACGAGGAAGAAGAUAUAAUCGAUACAUUUCAAGUUCACAGAAAAAUAGACGCGGAAUAG